GUGCUCUCUUACCCUCCGGUGCCAUUUCUUGCUCUCGCGCUCCCUCUCUCCAUUAAUCCUCUCUCUCUCUAAGUCCAUUAAUCUCUCUGCCUCUCUCUCUCUCUCUAAGUCCAUUAAUCUCUCUGCCUCUCUCUCUCUCUCUCUCAGUCCAUUCAUCUCUCUAAGUCCGUUCAUCUCUCUGCCUCUGAAAUUUUGUUUCUGCCUCUUUCUCUCUCUAAAGUUCCUUUCCUCUUCCACACACACGUCUCUCUCUCUCAUCUUUCCUUGAGCAGUUGAAUCUCUCUCAAGAAUUCGAUCGGUCUUGGCUCUUUCAAAGACAUGGCCUUUUUGCUCUCUUUCUACUCUCCGUCCUAACAAACUUCUCCUAUCCGAUUUUCUCUCUCUAGCCUUCUUCUCAUCUCCAUUUUCUCUCUCUAACAUUCUUCUGACCCUCCAUUUUCUCUCUCUAACCGGUUCAUCCUCCGUUUUCUCUCACUUCAUCUUCAACCGGACAAUGAAUCGGCGAAGCAGGAGAGUACUGUUCCCCAGAGUUGCAAUCGAGGUAGAGUCGGAAACAGAGGAGAGCUCUGAAGAUGAAGAAGAAGACCAUGAAGAAGAACCGUUAACCCCACCUACCCAACCAGUCAAUAACAAGAAGAAAGCUCCCAUCACCAUUAGUCUCAAGAGAGUUUGCAAGGUUUGCAAAGGGACUGGCCAUGAAGCCGGAUUCAAAGGUGCCACUUACAUCGAUUGCCCUAAGAAGCCGUGCUUUCUCUGUAAACAACCGGGGCAUACUACUAUGAAUUGUCCGCAUCGCGUGGCUACAGAGCAUGGUGUUGUUCCUGCCCAUCGUCGAGAGUUUCGCGGCUCACUUGAUUACCUUUUUGAGCGUCAAUUAAGAGCUAAUGUUCCAAUGAUAAAACCAGGGUUUGUGAUACCAGACCAAGUGGACUGUGCCAUCAUUAGAUUGCAUAGCAGGAGGGUGACAUCCUUAGAGUUUCAUCCCACUAAUAACAGUAUUCUUUUAUCGGGUGAUAAGAAAGGGCAACUUGGAAUAUGGGAUUACAACAAAGUGUAUGAAAAGACCGUCUAUGGAUCAAUUCAUUCUUGCAUACUAAACAGCAUGAAGUUUAAUCCUGUGAAUGAUGGGAGCUUGUAUACAGCGUCUUCUGAUGGAACAAUAUGCUACACUGAUCUUGAAAUUGGGACUCCCAAUUUAUUGAUGAAUCUCAAUCCAGAUGGCUGGAAUGGCCCUGCAAAUUGGCGAAUGCUGUAUGGCAUGGAUAUUAGUUCAAGUAAAAGCCUUGUGCUCGUGGCAGAUAACUUUGGAUUUCUUUACCUGGUGGAUAUGCGCUCCAACAAGAGAAUAAGAGAGCCAGUUCUUAUUCACAAAAAGGGUACCAAGGUUGUCGGCCUUCACUGCAAUCCUCUUCAGCCCGAGCUUCUACUAAGUUGUGGAAAUGAUCACUUUGCACGUCUAUGGGAUCUCCGACGAAUAGAUGCUGGUGACUCCCUUGGAAAUCUCCCUCACAGUCGAGUUGUGAAUUCUGCCUAUUUUUCUCCUUUGACUGGCACCAAAAUCCUCACGACUUCUCAAGACAACCGUAUUCGUGUAUGGGAUUCCAUCUUUGGCAAUAUAGAAUCACCAAGCCGGGAGAUCAUUCAUAGUCAUGAUUUCAACCGGCAUCUUACCUGUUUCCGAGCUGAGUGGGAUCCAAAGGAUCCAUCUGAAUCCCUUGCAGUUAUUGGGAGAUACAUAAGCGAGAACUACGAUGGAGUUGCACUACAUCCAAUUGAUUUCAUUGACACUAGUACAGGGAGACUGGUUGCUGAAGUUAUUGAACCCAACAUUAAAACCAUCAGCCCUGUGAAUAAACUGCACCCUCGAGAUGAUGUCUUGGCCACCGGUAGCUCAAGAUCUCUCUUCAUUUGGAGACCCAAGGAGCAGCUUGAGCCUUCGGAGGAACAAGGGGAAAGGAAUUACAGGGUCUCAAUUUGCAAUAAACAAGAGAAGAAAUCAAAGAGAGCGAAACUAGAUGAUGAAAGCGACGAGGGAGAUGAUGUUAGUGGUCUCGACCUGAAUGACAAAAGCAAGCAGAAGCCAGGUGCUUGUUACAAAGUAUUACAUUGCCCACCGAGCUCAAAGUCGAAGUCGAAAAAGUAAGGUGCUUUGUGACGAAGUACAAUGUGGAAAAUUAGAUAACCAUAACAAAUUACAGGGGCGAAAUUUUGUUGCUUUAUAGGGAAAGUAGGUUACAGUAUGUGGGGUCAUGGAAAAUCAUAGUCCAUUGAGUUUAACACCUUUGAGGUGCUUGUGAUGAAAUGGUGGAUGAUGAUGGUGAGGGUCCCACCCCUUGGUGGGUCAUGUUCUGUACUAGUAUGUUGUGUCAUGUUCUGUUCUGGUAUGUUCCUCUCUCUCUCUCUCUCUCUCUCUACCCACCAUUUUAUGACUCAAUGGACUGUGGUUUCUUCUAAUCCACUGAACUAAGUUAUCCUUACCCUUCAAGAGAAAUAGAAAGAAGCCACAUUUGGAAAUUUUGGGUCUGGUCACGUUUUGCCACAGUGAACUUCAGCUCGUUUGUGCAAAAUUACAUUUAGGUCACUUGACAAGGUUUGAAGGUGAUGUAUAUACGCUAUGGUACAUCUCCAAAGUUGCUUUCAUUGACAUGUUUGUUAAUAUAUGUAUAUACUACCCUUAAUACGUCCAA